CGCUUGGUAAAUUGACAAAAUCUUCCUUUGACUGAUGGAAAAUUGACGAAAUCAGUUUAAAAAAUGAUCCAAGAUGGACAUAAGAAACCUUGGUUUUUCACUGCGCAAAAACACAAAAAGAAGUUUAUUUUUUUUGCUGUGCUAGGAUCAUGGGGAUUGAAUUAUUCUGUUGAGCAAUACAGAGAUUAUCUUCGACGCAGAAAGUUUUGUUUUUUAGGAAAGAAAUAUGGAGAUGUGAAAAUCAAUGCAAUCACUAGACCAAGACGGUUGAUACUUUUUCUUAAUCCUGAAGCUAAUGAUGGAAAGGCUGUUAAAUCAUACGAAAAAAAUGCUGCCCCAAUUUUACAUCUUGGAGGAGUUGAAAUAACCACAGUGAAGACAGAUUAUGAAGGGCAGUGCAAGGUAUUGACACAAUAUAUUGAUCCAAAAGUGGAUGGUAUUCUUGUUGCUGGUGGCGAUGGCACGUUACUUGAGGUUAUUACUGGGCUACUGAGAAGAAAAGAUCAGAAUGAAAUAUCAAAAAUACCCAUUGGUGUGAUUCCUCUUGGCCGCAAUAACCAAACUUACAAAACUAUUAUUGCCAACUCUAUAGAGCAAAAUGUUACGACUAUUGCAGAAUCUGCGUUAAACAUAUUGAACAACAACACAAAGGAUGUUAGUGUGAUGGAAAUAACUACAAAUGAAGGCAAGCCAACAUAUGCCAUUGAACAUAUUAAGUGGGGACCUGUGCAAGAUGCUAAAGAAAAUCGAAGAUAUUGGUGGACAGGUCCAUUAAAAAGAAUUUUACCCUACAUCGUUACUGUUUAUAAGAAAUGGCCUCCAGUUGUUUCCGCGUUAGUCUCAUAUUCACCAGACGAUACGCUGAACAGUGUAGGAGAUGAGGAAAAAGGCAAAAAGCUGGAAAGAUUUAGGGAUAUAUCGUUUUCUGGUCUUUGUGUGAAACUAGUUCAGGAUACAAAAAGGUCGUCUUUGAAAGCAUCAGUUAUGUCGUCGGAUCUGAAGAAAAUAGACUUCAUAAAAUUAGGAUGGAGACAGGAAAGUGAAACUACUGUCCAUGAUGAACGAAUAAAAACAGCAAAAUGUUCACAAUUUCACGUAAAGCCCCAAGAUGAAGAGAUAUCGUGGUUUACGAUUGAUGGUGAGAAAUAUGAAGCUCGAAAUAUAAAUGUCCAAAUUUUGCAAAACAAGAUUAAGAUGUUUUGCCCAUCGAGAUGACUGCGCUAUUUGGAAUGAUAGAAAUUCUUUCUAACUUUUUAUUAAUUUUGUUUUUGUUUGUUUUUCUACAUUCCAAUCAUUUGCAUAACUUGCAUACAAAAUAUAAUUUUAAGUACAAUGCUAAUUUAUAUUUUCUUGUGGACGCUCUGAUGUUUUUCACCAGUUAAACUUACUUUCUUACCAAUAACUUUUGUGGUUUGUUAAACUUUCCAUGAAAAGAACUUCCAGUAACAUACAACAUUAAAUUUUUUAAAUUGCCAAGAAUUUAUUGAUACAGAAUUAAAUGAAAUUUAAAAUGCCGUGUCAAGAAUAUUUAUCAAAAUGAAGUUAUUUUUCUUGCGAA